ACCAACAUGCAGUCGAUGGGACUGGGCGGUGGUUUCGUGAUGAACAUCUACCGGCGCCAGGAACGCCGGGCGUACACGCUCGACGCGCGGGAGAUUGCGGCCGGGCGCGCCACCGAGGACAUGCACCUGGACGAUCCGAGCACAACCAACGAGGGUCCGCUGUCGAUAGCGGUGCCGGGAGAGCUGAAGGGCUACUGGGAGGCUCAUCAGCGCUUCGGGCAGCUGCCGUGGUCCGAGGUGCUUCGGCCGACGCAGCAGCUGUGCCGGCGUGGGAUACCGAUCUCGAAGCACAUGCAGGACUCGCUCUCCUUCAACUCGAAAGCCCUCAAUGACGCGAGAAUCAGGGAGCUGUUCACCGAUCCGCAGACCGGUCGACGGAAGCAGCAGGGAGACCUCGUACAUCCACAUUCGCUCUGCAACACGCUCGAUCGCAUCGCGGACGAGGGCGGCGACAGCCUGUAUCGGGGGGCACUGGCCGACGAAUUCGCCGCUGACCUGCAGGACCUGGGAAGCAUCAUCACGCAGGAGGAUCUGCGCAAAUACAGCGUCAUCUGGAGCGAGUCCAUCCCCAUCAAGCUGAACGAGGACACAAUGUACGUGGUACCACCACCGGCUAGUGGCGUCCUGUUGGCGUUAAUCAUGAACAUCCUGAAAGGCUACCGAUUUCAGCCCAGCGAUGUAACCAGCGUCGACAAUGCCGUCCGAACGCUGCACCGGAUCGUGGAGGCGUUCAAGUACGCCUACGGCAAGCGCACAGAAAUUGGGGAUCCCCGUUACAUCGACGUGCGGGAGCUCACGGCGAACCUCACGUCGGACGAGUAUGCGGAAACCGUGCGCAAACGGAUAGACGACGAACACACGCAUGCUGAUCCGAGGGACUACGAUGGUUACUUCUUCACCCCCAACAACGAUGGCACGGCUCACAUUUCGGUGCUUGCGCCAUCUGGGGACGCAGUGUCGGUAACUAGCUCGGUAAACUUUUACUUUGGUGCUGGCCUGAUGGGAUCCCGCACUGGCAUCAUUGUAAACAGUGGCAUGGAUGAUUUUUCGUCACCCGGGCUGCUCAACUACUUCGGUCUACCCGGUUCCAGAGCGAAUUUCAUACGGCCUCACAAGCGGGCCCUAUCGUCGAUGUCACCGACGAUAGUGGCUGAUGCGGAACACAACGUCCGACUGAUCGUCGGUGCGGCCGGUGGUACCAAAAUUACUACCGCUGUCGCGUUGACGUUGAUGCGCGCUCUCUGGUUCGGCUACGACAUCAAGGAAGCGAUCGACGCACCUCGACUGCACCAUCAGCUGGUACCGAUGGCGGUGCAAUACGAAUAUGGAAACUUAGACGUUAUUGUUAAAGGGCUGCAAGGCAAAGGACAUCAAACAACGCGCUAUCGAGAGCGAGGAUCCAUAAUCUGCGCGAUCGCCCAGAAUGCGUCCGGGGUGUACGCCAACGCCGACUUCCGGAAGGGUGGCGACGUUGCCGGCUUUUGAAGUAGAAAAUACGUGAACAUUGUUUUGAAUUUAAACCAGCUGCUAAGCAUAGUGCAUUUGUUGUUUGUUACACUAUUACCUAAGGUUCCCGUUUA